GGGGCUGGGUGAGGGGUUGGGACAGACGCGGUGGAGCUGCUCGCAGUGGAAGCGACGGGAGGAGGACGGAGGAAUGGAUGCAGGUCUCCUUCCACAGUAACGGUAUCAGAGCGCGCACACACCGACCGCACUGCUGCUGCUGUGUAUGCAAUGAGCCACAGUUCGAUUCCCCCCCCCCUCCUGCUGACUGGACUGAUGGCUCCAGAGUGACAUGCCAUGGCUUUAAUGAUCCCCCCGGUGAAACUGAAAUGGCUGGAGCACCUAAACAGCUCAUGGAUCACGGAGGACAGCGAGUCCAUAGCCACACGGGAGGGAGUAUCGGUGCUCUACUCAAAGCUGCUGGUCAACAAAGAGGCAGUGCUGCUGCCCCAGCAGGUGCUGUGUCUGAAGGGCCCCCAGCUCCCAGACUUUGAGCGCGAGUCCCUCUCCAGCGAUGAGCAGGAGCACUACCUGGAUGCUCUGCUCAGCAGCCAGUUGGCCUUGGCCAAGAUGGUCUGCUCUGACUCUCCCUUCGCUGCGGCCCUGCGCAAACGUGUGCUGGUUCUCCAGCGCAUCUUCUACGCACUGUCCAACAAGUACCACGACAAGGGAAAGGUCAAGCAGCAGCCGCACUCUCCAGAGAACAACUCGGGUUCAGCUGACCUGCACUCUGUCAGCGAGCGGCCCCGCUCCAGCACCGACGCCCUCAUUGAGAUGGGUGUUCGCACGGGCCUCAGCCUUCUUUUUGCUCUGCUGCGCCAGAGCUGGAUGAUGCCUCCUCCGCCUAGCCCCGGCGGAGGUCCUGGGGGCAACAUAAACUUGUGUAAUGAUGUCAUUCACACAGCCAUCGAUGUGGUUAGCUCCCUGCCACCCCUCUCUCUGGCCAACGAGAGCAAGAUCCCACCGAUGGGCCUGGACUGCCUGGCCCAGGUCACCACUUUCCUGAAGGGAGUGACCAUGCCAAACUCUGGGGCGGAUAUUUUAGGGCGUCGUCUUGCGUCAGAGCUACUGCUCGGGCUAGCUUCCCAGAGGGGCUCCCUGCGCUACUUGCUGGAGUGGAUCGAGAUGGCCUUGGCUGCAUCAGCUGUGGUCAGUACUAUGGAGGAGAAUAAGGUGCUACAGAACCAAGAGGGCCUCAUCGGCUAUGAUUGUUUCAUGAACAUCCUGAUGCAGAUGAGACGCUCUUUGGGCUCCUCAGCAGAUCGCAGCCAGUGGCGAGAACCCACGCGGACCUCUGAUGGCCUCUGCUCAUUGUACGAGGCGGCACUCUGUCUUUUUGAAGAAGUAUGUCGAAUGGCAUCAGACUACUCUCGCACGUGUGUCAGUCCCGACAGCAUACAGACUGGCGAGGCACCCGUGGUGUCUGAAACCUGCGAGGUUUAUGUGUGGGGCAGUAACAGCAGCCACCAGCUCGUGGAGGGCACACAGGAGAAGAUCCUGCAGCCCAAGUUGGCCGCCAGCUUUGCGGAUGCACAGACGAUUGAGGCAGGUCAGUACUGCACGUUUGUGAUCUCCUCCGAUGGCUCUGUUCGGGCCUGCGGGAAGGGCAGCUACGGCCGCUUGGGCCUCGGGGACUCUAACAACCAGUCAACGCUCAAGAAGCUGACCUUCGAACCCCACCGCGCAAUCAAGAAGGUGUCGUCGUCCAAGGGCUCAGAUGGCCACACGCUGGCCUUCACUACGGAGGGUGAGGUGUUCAGCUGGGGUGACGGUGAUUAUGGCAAACUGGGUCACGGGAACAGCUCAACACAGAAAUACCCUAAACUUAUCCAAGGGCCACUGCAGGGGAAGGUGGUGGUGUGUGUGUCUGCUGGCUACAGACACAGUGCUGCAGUCAGUGAGGACGGAGAGCUGUACACGUGGGGCGAAGGAGAUUUUGGAAGAUUAGGUCAUGGUGACAGCAACAGCCGAAACAUUCCUACCCUGGUUAAAGACAUCAGCAACGUGGGAGAGGUGUCGUGUGGUAGCUCUCAUACUAUUGCACUGUCAAAGGAUGGACGCACUGUGUGGUCCUUUGGAGGAGGAGACAACGGAAAACUAGGUCACGGUGAUACUAAUCGAGUCUACAAGCCAAAAGUAGUGGAGGCCCUGCAAGGGAUGUUCAUCAGGAAAGUGUGUGCAGGAAGCCAGUCGUCUCUCGCCUUAACCUCUACCGGACAGGUGUAUGCUUGGGGCUGUGGUGCUUGCCUGGGAUGUGGCUCUUCGGAGGCCACAGCUCUCAGACCCAAACUAAUCGAGGAGCUGGCUACCACCAGGGUGGUGGACAUCUCCAUAGGGGACAGUCACUGCCUGGCCUUGUCGCACGACAAUGAAGUGUAUGCGUGGGGCAACAACUCCAUGGGCCAGUGCGGCCAGGGGAACUCCACAGGGCCGAUCACCAAGCCUAAGAAGGUCGUCGGGUUGGAUGGAGUCGCUAUUCAGCAGAUCUCAGCCGGCACUUCCCACAGCCUGGCGUGGACGGCCCUGCCCAGAGACAGGCAAGUGGUGGCGUGGCACAGGCCCUACUGUGUCGACCUGGAAGAAAGUACCUUCUCCCACCUGCGCUCUUUCCUCGAGCGCUACUGUGACGGCAUCAACAGUGAAGUUCCUCCUCUCCCGUUCCCCUCAUCCCGGGAGCAUCAUAACUUCCUCAAGCUGUGCCUUCGACUUUUGUCCAAUCAUCUGGCUCUGGCGCUGGCCGGGGGCGUGGCCACCAGUAUCUUAGGUCGGCAGGCCAGGCCCCUGAGGAACCUGCUCUUCAGACUGAUGGACUCCUCCGUGCCAGAUGAGAUUCAGGAGGCGGUGAUUGAGACUCUGUCUGUGGGGGCGACCAUGCUGCUGCCUCCACUGAGAGAGAGGAUGGAGCUGCUUCACUCCUUGUUGCCUCAGGGCCCCGACAGAUGGGAGAGUCUCUCCAAAGGACAGAGGAUGCAGCUCGACAUCAUCCUGACCAGUCUGCAGGACCACACCCACGUAGCCUCGCUGCUGGGCUACAGCUCUCCUGCAGACGGCCCCGAGGUGCUUCCAUCUGGCCCGGGCUUCACAGCUUCCCCAGACCCCACGUACAGCGCCACAGCGGGCCACCCCGACACCCACCUGGCUGAGAUCCUCAUGAAGACGCUGCUCAGGAACCUCGGCUUUUAUACUGAUCAGGCAUUUGGGGAGCUGGAGAAGAACAGUGAUAAGCUGCAGCAGGGCACGUCCUCCUCUGACAGCAGCCAACCGGCUCACCUCCACCAGCUCCUGUGCUCCCUGCAGAAGCAACUGUUAGCAUACUGCCACAUCAACUCUGUCACUGAGAACUCCAGCAGUGUGGCUUUACUCCACAAGCACCUGCAGCUCCUGCUGCCUCACGCCACAGAUAUCUUCUCCCGCUCAGCCACUCUGAUAAAGGAGAGUUCCUGGAACGGCAGCAUACGAGAGAAGCUACAAGAUGUGAUCUACGUGUCAGCUGCAGGCAGCAUGCUGUGCCAGAUAAUAAACUCCUUGCUGCUGCUACCGGUGUCUGUGGCGAGGCCUCUGCUCAGUCACCUGCUGGACCUGCUGCCUCCUUUGGACCGCCUCAACAGACUGCUGCCUGCUGCCUCCCCUCUGGAGGACCAGGAGCUGCAGUGGCCUCUUCAUGGUACCUCUGACUUUGCUGAGCCAGCCUCGGGCAUGUCCUUGCCGCCGCCGGCGCUCUCCUGGGUGUGGCUCGUUGAUCUGGAGAGGACAGUUGCCCUGCUGGUAGGCCGUUGCCUCGGUGGGAUGCUGCAGGGAGCUUCGACCUCGCUGGAGGAACAGGAUACUGCUUACUGGCUCAAAACGCCCCUCUUCAGCAACGGCUUGGAAAUGGAAAUCCCACAGCUGGACGCCUGCAUCAGCUCAUUAUUGGAGGCAGCGCUGUCUGGUAAUGAGGAGCAGAAGCCUUUUGACUGCACACUGCGUCCUGACUUGAGCGUCUUGGUGGAUGUGGCUCUGGGUACCUCUAAAGAACCUGCCAACAGCCUCUGGAUCAACAUGCAGGACUACGCCAUGAGCAAAGAUUGGGACAACGCGUCUCUCAGUAAUGAGUCCCUGUUAGACACUGUGUCCAGGUUUGUGUUGGCAGCCUUACUGAAGCACACAGGACUGCUGGGCCAAGGCUGUGGCGAGGGCAGGUACCAACCAUCCAAGUCCCUGGCAGAGGUCUAUCGCAGUGUUUAUAAGGUACGAAACCGCCUGCUGGCCUGUAAGAAUAUGGAUUUCAUCCAGACGAGAUCUUCUUCGCGUGAGAGAAGGAUUUCAGACAAUCAGGACUCUCUGGACAUGGACCCUCAGGAGCACUCGUUCACACGCACCAUCGACGAGGAGGCAGAGCUGGAGGAGCGAGCCGACCGCGAGAGAGAAGAGGGUCACCAGGAGCAAGACGAUGAAGAGGAGGACAGGGAGCAUGAAGUAAUGACGGCUGGAAAAAUCUUUCAAUGUUUCCUCUCAGCGCGGGAGGUAGCUCGCAGUCGGGACAGAGAGCGGGCCAGCAGCAGCACCGGGCUGGGCUCCGGCUCCGUUUCCAGGAGCGGGGGCGGUGGAGGCGGAGAGGAGGACGCCAUUCUGUCGCAGGAGGGGAGGAGGGGCAGCACGGGUCUCCCAGAGGGCCAGGACCUGUACACCGCAGCCUGUAACUCUGUGAUCCACCGCUGCGCCCUGCUGUUGCUGGGGGUGAGCCCGGUGCUGGGAGAGCUGACCAAGCAGAACCAGGAGGAGGGUCAGACUCAGUCCGCCACAGGAACACAGGAGUGUCUGAGCUUCAUGACCAGGAGUGAGAGUCUGAGCGCAGAGAGCCGUUCGGUGCAGAGCAGCCCGAGCUACAGACUGAUGAAGUCCAGGAGCGAGUCUGACCUCUCCCAGCCUGAGUCAGACGAAGAGGGUUACACUCUGAGUGGAAGGAGAAAUGUCGACCUGGACUUGGCGUUCUCUCACAAAAAGAGAGGUAAAGACCAUCUGCAGAAAGAUCUGUCUAAUGUUGCCAGCUUACUUCACAGCUCCCCAGACUCCCUGGCUGAGUCCUGGUUCCGGGCCAAGCUGAGCCGCCAGCGGAGCUACAGCUCGGCGCACUCCUAUGAAGAGUCAGACCUGGACUUGAGCCGCUCGCUGGGCGUCCACGCGCUCAUUGACAACAUGGUCAGCUUCAUGAGCGGUGACGUGGGCCUGGCUCCAGCCUUCAAGGAGCCAGAAGAAAGUAUGUCCACCAGCCCACAGGCAACGAUCCUCGCCAUGGGACAGCAACAGAGCAGGGCAGAGCUGCGGUUGGAGGCGCUCCACCAGAUUGUGGUGUUGAUCUCCGGCAUGGAGGAGAAGGGCAGCCAGCCCGGGAACGCAGAUCGAUCCAGCAGUGCCUUCCAGUCCUCCUCCCUGCUCACCUCUGUCAGGUUGCAGUUCCUGGCAGGUUGCUUUGGCCUCGGCACCGUUGGCACCGGAGGGCUGAAGAGAGAGAGUGUGCAGCUUCAUCACUAUCAGGAUGGGGUAAAAGCAGCUAAGAGGAGCAUCCAGAUGGAAAUCCAGACCGCUGUUCAUAAGAUCUACCAGCAACUGUCUGUCACACUGGAGAGGGCACUGCAGGCAAACAAGCACCACAUAGAAGCCCAGCAGCGCCUCCUGCUGGUGACUGUGUUUGCACUGAGUGUUCGCUACCAGCCGGUGGACGUCUCUCUGGCCAUCUCUAGCGGGCUGCUCAACGUGUUGUCCCAGCUCUGUGGGACGGAGACCAUGCUGGGGCAGCCGCUCCAGCUGCUGCAGAAACCCGGAGUGUCCCAGCUCAGCACCGCCCUCAAGGUGGCCUCCACACGCCUGCUGCAGAUCCUGGCCAUUAGCACUGGGACAUAUGCAGACAAGUUAAGUCCCAAGGUUGUCCAGUCGCUGCUGGACCUGCUGUGCAGUCAGCUGAAGAACCUGCUGUCUCAGGCAGGAGUCAGUCUUCUCUCUUCUGGAAAUGACCAGGAGGACAACAAACAGGAGGACAGUGCAGACUCCGAAAAGAAAGACUUCAGAGCUCUGAUCCGUAAGCAGCACACUGCUGAGCUACACCUGGGAGACUUCCUCGUCUUCCUCAGGAGAGUGGUGUCCUCCAAGGCCAUCCAGUCCAAGAUGGCUUCCCCUAAAUGGACUGAAGUGCUGCUCAACAUCGCUGCACAGAAAUGCUGCUCAGGGGUCCCUCUGGUGGGAAACCUGAGAACUCGCCUACUGGCUCUUCAUGUGUUGGAGGCCGUCCUUCCUGCCUGUGAGGCCAAUAUGGAGGAUGACCAAAUGACACAGGUUGUUGAGCGGCUGUUCUCCCUGCUGUCUGACUGCAUGUGGGAAGCUCCCAUUGCUCAGGCCAAACACUCAAUCCAGAUUAAAGAAAAAGUCCAAGAACUCAAACUACAGGGAGAGGCAGAGGAGGAGGACGAGAACCUUCCCAUUCAGGAAGUGUCCUUUGACCCGGAGAAGGCUCAGUGUUGUGUGGUGGAAAAUGGCCAGGGGCUGACUCAUGGGAGUGGGGGUAAAGGCUACGGCCUGGCCUCCACUGGCAUCUCCUCCGGAUGCUACCAGUGGAAGUUUUACAUCGUGAAGGAGAACCGAGGCAACGAGGGUACAUGUGUGGGCGUUUCGCGAUGGCCCGUGCACGACUUCAACCACCGCACAACGUCGGAUAUGUGGCUGUACCGAGCGUACAGCGGGAACCUCUAUCACAACGGGGAGCAAACGCUGACACUGAGCAGCUUCACUCAGGGAGACUUCAUCACUUGUGUCCUGGACAUGGAGGCCAGAACCAUCUCGUUUGGCAAGAACGGAGAGGAGCCUAAAUUAGCCUUUGAGGAUGUUGACGCCACAGAGCUCUAUCCCUGUGUGAUGUUCUACAGCAGUAACCCAGGAGAGAAGGUAAAGAUCUGUGACAUGCAGAUGAGGGGAACACCUCGAGACCUCCUACCUGGUGACCCCGUCUGCAGCCCCGUGGCCACCGUCCUGGCCGAAGCCACCACGCAGUUGAUACGCAUCCUACAUCGCACCGACCACUGGACCCACCGCAUCAACAAGACCAUGAUCGAACGGCUCCACAAGAUCAAACCUUGCUUUAGAGAGUCAGCCAGUGCAGCUGGGGGCGGCGGGGGUCAGAGGCUGAAAAAGAGUCGCUCAGUGCAGAGCCGCGAGGAGCACGACGCCCAGAGAGAAAGCCAAGAAACCCCCACGAGGACAGAGGAGGAGAGGGGACGCCACGGACGGCAGCAUGGCUUGGGGGAGCUGUCGGAGCACCACCUGAGGACGCUGUGCACAGAGGUGUGGCCGGUCUUGGCCAUCAUCGGUGGGGCGGAUGCAGGCCUGCGUGUUGGUGGGCGAUGUGUGCACAAGCAGACCGGGAGGCACGCCACUCUGCUGGGCGUGGUGAAGGAAGGCAGCACCUCGGCGAAGGUGCAGUGGGACGAGGCCGAGAUCACCAUCAGCUUCCCAACUUUCUGGUCACCUAGUGACACUCCACUAUACAACCUGGAGCCCUGCGAGCCGCUUCCCUUCGACGUGGCCCGUUUCCGUGGCCUCACCGCCUCGCUGCUGUUGGACGUCACCUACCUUACCAGCAUCCACGAGGACACCGCGGCUAAGCUCAGCGCGCGACGCCACGACAAGAAGCACCGCAACGCAGCCUCGACCGGGCACGAGCCGACCAGUAACGAGGACAAGGCGGACAACGAGGGGCACAACCGUAGUGAACAGAAGGAAAGCACCGGAGCCUCAUCUGGAGCUGCUCCGAACAUCCCGACCUCUGACCUGCGUGUGUCCCACAGCCUGGAAGAGAUGAAAGCACACGUGGCGCCCAACUCGAAGUCAGAGAGUGAGAUCUCCUCUGUUGUUAGCGGAGGCGGGAAUGAGACCCUUUUCGCCUCAGCUCCUCAUACACCUGCCGAGGGGAACAGGAAGAAAGGCCACGAGCACGGCUCCCGCAGCCACGAGCCUUCUCCUUCCUCUGUCGCCACCCAGUCUGAAAUCCAUGCUGUGCAGCUGUCCUACCUCUACCUGGGAGCCAUGAAGGCCCUCAGCGCCCUGCUGAGCUGCAGCAAGUACGCUGAGCUGCUGCUCAUACCAAAGGUGUUACCGGAAGCAGCACCCAGCGGGCACAAUGCUGAUCUGAAUGCCAGCACCAGCGGGAGCACAGCUGCCACCUCGCCUGUGUGCCAGGAAGAGGUGGAGAUGCGGGCGGCUCUGCAGUUUCUCAUGCGCCAUAUGGUGAAGCGGGCAGUGAUGCGCUCCCCCAUCAAGCGGGCCUUGGGCCUGGCAGACCUGGAGAGGGCACAGGCCAUGAUCUACAAGCUAGUUGUGAACGGGCUGUUGGAGGAGCCAAGUGGAGGCAAAGCCAAGCCUGGAGUGAGAAGUGAGCCAGAAGGUGAGGGGGAAGGUAUAGAGGGAGAGCAGUUAGCACAAACUCCUGUCACCACCAGCCCCUCUGCCUCCAGCACCACCUCCUUCAUGAGUUCCUCGUUGGAGGACACCACCACUGCUACCACCCCUGUCACAGACACAGAGACUGUCCCUGCCUCGGAGUCUCCGGGGGUCAUGCCCCUCAGCCUCCUCAGGCAAAUGUUCUCAAGCUACCCAACCACCACCCUGGUUCCCACCCGCCGAGCUCAGACUCCUCCGGUGUCCUCUCUGCCAACGUCUCCCUCAGAUGAGGUCGGCCGCCGGCAGAGUCUCACCUCCCCUGACUCCCAGCCCAACAGACCACAAAACAGGACGGGCACCUCUCUGUCAGACCCCAGCAGCAGGUUGUCAACAUCUCCCCCUCCUCCUGCCAUCGCUGUGCCCCUGUUGGAGAUGGGCUUCUCCCUGCGCCAGAUCACCAAAGCUCUGGAAGCCACUGGUGCUCGAGGAGAAGCUGACGCUCAGAACAUCACAGUGCUGGCCAUGUGGAUGAUAGAACAUCCAGGUACGGAGGACGAGCACGACGAGCCUCUCACCAGAGGCAGCGGCGUCGGCAAUGACGGGUCUGACUCGUCCUGUCCGGGUGCAACGGCCUCUGCUGGAGGCAAAUCUCUGGACCGGAGCCCGUAUCUGUGCUCUCCUGGAGACAUAGCCAGUGCAGAUGCUUCAGAAAUGGAGGAAGGCUUCAGUGAGAGUCCUGAAGGUCUGGAGCAGGACAGUGCAUCAGCCUCCAGCGGAGCUCCGCUCAGAGGUCGCUCUGCUGUCGGGAGGAAACACCGCUUCGACCUGGCUGCACGCACACUGUUAGCCCGCGCCGCUGGACUGUACCGCUCGGUGCAGGCCCACCACAGCCAGUCCCGCCGGGAGGUCUCAUCCCUCCAACAGCAGCAAGACCCUGGGGCCCUCUACGACUUCAACCUGGACGAGGAGCUGGAGAUGGACCUAGACGAGGAGACCAUGGAGGCCAUGUUCGGGCAGGACCUCGCCAGUGACACCGACAUUCUGGGAAUGUGGAUCCCGGAGGUACUGGACUGGCCAACAUGGCACGUGUGUGAGACAGACGAUCGGGAUGAAGUGGUGGUGUGCGAGCUGUGCGAGGCCAACGUCGCCAACUUCAAUCAGCACAUGAAGAAGAGUCACCCGGGCUGUGGCCGCAGCGCCAACCGCCAGGGUUACCGCAGCAACGGCUCCUACGUGGACGGCUGGUUCGGAGGGGAGUGCGGCAGUGGGAACCCCUACUACCUGCUGUGCGGUGGCUGCAGAGAGAAGUACUUGGCCAUUAAAAGCAAGGCCAAAGUCCCAAUUGUGGAGAGGUAUAAGGGACAGGCUCCGGACCUCCUGGGAAAACAGGACAGCGUCUAUGAAGAGGACUGGGACAUGCUGGACGUCGAUGAAGAUGAGAAGCUGACUGGGGAGGAGGAGUUUGAGCUGUUGGCCGGCCCGUUGGGUCUGAAUGAGCGCAGGAUCGUCCCCGAAGCUGUCCAGUUCCCCGACAGCGACCCGCUGGGAGCCUCCAUUGCCAUGGUGACAGCCACCAACAGUAUGGAAGAGACCCUGCUGCAGAUCGGCUGUCAGACCUCGGUGGAUAAGAGUUCAUCGGGCAGGGUGACCCUCGGCGAGCAGGCGGCGGCCCUCCAGAACCCUCAUGACCGAGUGAUGGCGCUGAGGAGAGUGACGGCUGCGGCACAGGUGUUGCUGGCCAGGACGAUGGUGAUGAGAGCCCUUUCCCUGCUGUCUGUCAGUGGCUCAAGCUGCAGCCUUGCAGCAGGUCUGGAGUCUCUUGGUUUGACUGACAUCAGAACUCUGGUCAGACUAAUGUGCCUGGCGGCAGCGGGUCGGGCCGGUCUUUCCACCAGUCCUACAUCAGGCUCCGGCCACGCUGAAAGGCCCCGUGGGGCCACCAAGGCCAGCAAACCCAUCUCCUGUCUGGCUUACCUCAGCACAGCAGUGGGCUGCUUGGCCUCCAACAGUCCCAAUGCUGCCAAGCUGCUGGUGCAGCUCUGCACUCAGAACCUGAUUUCUGCAGCUACCGGCAUGAAUCUGACCACAGUGGACGACCCCAUCCAGAGGAAGUUCCUGCCCAGUUUUCUGCGCGGCGUGGCCGAGGAGAACAAGCUCGUCACAUCUCCAAACUUUGUGGUCACGCAGGCUCUGGUGGCCCUGCUGGCGGAUAAAGGGGCCAGACUCAGACCUGCUUAUGACAAGGCUGAUAUGGAGAAAAGAGGUCUAAUUGCGCAUUUGUAUGCCCAUCCCUCCCAUAAUCCCUCCGCUGUAGGGCCUCUUGAGCUGGCCAACGCUCUGGCGGCCUGCUGCCUGUCCUCCAGGCUCUCCUCGCAGCACCGCCAGUGGGCCGCCCAGCAACUGGUCCGCACGCUGGCCGCCCACGACCGCGACAACAACCAGAGCCGGCCGCAGACCUUCGCCGACAUGGCGGGGGACCUGCGAAAGUGCUCCUUCAUCAAGCUGGAGGCUCACCAGAGCAGAGUCAUCACAUGUGGUUGGAGCAGUAAAAAAGGAUUAUUGGCAACUAGUGGCAAUGAUGGUACGGUCAGGAUGUGGAACGUAACCAAAAACCAGUACACCCUCCAGCAGACCUGCAUCUUCAACAAGGACGAUGGCUCUUCAGAGGAGGGAAUGUCAGGUUUGGGAUCUCCCAGCGACCCUUGCCUGUCUCCUCUUGCAUGGAGUGUCACUGGAAAAUAUCUGGCCUCCGCCAUGGAGAAAAUGGUCAACAUCUGGCAAGUUAAUGGUGGUAAGGGCCUGUUGGACGUGCAGCCUCACUGGGUUUCGGCGCUGGCGUGGCCUAAAGAGGAGGUAGAGUCGCUGUGGUGCGGGGAACCCAAGGACAUGCUGCUGGUGGGACGGAUGGAUGGAUCUCUGGGCCUCAUUGAGGUGCUGGAUACCUCCAGGAUGCACCGCACCGAGCUGGAGCACUGCUACAGGAAAGAUGUGGCAGUGAUGCACAUAGCCUGGUACAGCGAAGACAAGCCUUUUGCUGUGGGCUACGCAGAUGGGAAGCUGCUGAUAGGAUCCAAAGAGCCCUUAGAAAAAGGAGCCAUCGUGGUCAUUGAUGCGCACAAGGAGUCGAUCACCAGUAUGAAGUGGAGUCCUACCGGUCAGAUGCUGCUGACCUGUGCCAAAGAGGAGACGGUGAAGCUGUGGGCCAGUCCGGACUCUCGCUCAGACUCAGGCUCCGGCUCUGGUUGGCGCUGCCUGCAGAGUCUGAGACACCCGUCCCUGGUCAACGGUGUGGCCUGGUGCAGCCUGCCUGGACGUGGGCCAAAGCCCCUCAGCAUGUUCUCCAUAUGCUGCCAGAACGGCCUGGUGACAGUCUGGACUGUUCCUCAGAACAUCUCUAACUUCCCAGAAUCCUCUCCGUCUGAGUCGGAGGGGUGGUGGGAGAAUGAAUCAAAACCCAAAUUCAUGUCUUCCCGGUGGUCAGGAGACGGAGCGGUAUGUGUGUUUCAGCUGAAGGGACACAUCACUCCAGUGAGAACGCUGGCCUUCAGCCCCGAUGGUCUGGCUCUGGCAUCUGGAGGAGUGGGAGGCCUCAUGAACAUCUGGUCCCUGCGGGAUGGGUCAGUGCUACAGACAGUAGUAGCCGGUUCAGGGGCAAUCCAGAAUAUAGUCUGGAUCCCAGAUGUGGGUGUCGCCGUCUGCUCCAACAGGUCAAAGGAUGUGCUGGUUGUGAACUGCUCCAAGGAGUUCAUGGCAUCCAACCACGUGCUGGCCACGUGCCGCACGGCUCUGAAGAAGCAGGGCGUCGUCGGCCUCAACAUGGCUCCCUGCAUGAGGGCCUUCCUGGAGAGGCUGCCCGUCAUGCUGCAGGAGCAGUAUGCCUACGAGAAGCCCCACGUUGUUUGUGGGGAGCAGCUCGUCCACAGCCCCUACAUGCAGUGCCUAGCCUCCCUGGCUGUGGGUCUCCACCUGGACCAUCUCCUGUGUCGCCCCCCGGUGCCGCCUCCCCUCCGACACUGCCCGCCGGAGUCUGGCACCGCCGUCUGGUGUGCCAGCGAGUGGGCCUGGCUGGACUGCUUCUCUACAACAGUCAAAGCAGCGGAGGCCCUCGCUCGGGGCGCCACCUUCCCCGAGUCGUUCUCUGUCCCCGACCUGGAGCCCGUGCCCAAAGAUGAAAUGGCCCUGCUCAUGGACAACAGUAAAUGGGGGUCUGGUAUGGAUGAACAGAUCAUGUCCUGGGCCACCUCGAGACCAGAGGACUGGCACCUCGGGGGGAAGUGUGAUGUGUUUCUGUGGGGUGCAGGGAGACACGGCCAGCUGGCAGAGGCUGGCAGAAACAUCCUGGUGCCAACCACCGCCCCAUCCUUCUCUCAGGCACAGCAGGUGGUGUGUGGUCAGAACUGCACCUUUGUGAUCCAGCCCAACGGGACAGUGCUGGCCUGUGGGGAGGGCAGCUACGGCCGUCUGGGGCAGGGCAACUCUGACGACCUGCACGUUCUCACCGUCAUCUCAGCUCUUCAAGGUUUUGUCGUGACUCAGCUGGUGACGUCAUGCGGCAGUGACGGCCACUCCAUGGCCCUGACGGAGAGCGGUGAGGUGUUCAGCUGGGGGGACGGGGACUACGGUAAGCUGGGCCACGGGAAUAGCGACCGCCAGCGCCGACCAAGACAGAUCGAAGCCCUGCAAGGAGAGGAGGUGGUGCAGAUGUCCUGUGGGUUCAAACACUCUGCAGUGGUAACAGCUGAUGGGAAGCUGUUCACAUUUGGUAACGGCGAUUACGGCAGACUGGGUUUAGGAAACACCUCCAACAAGAAGCUGCCAGAGAAGGUCACUGCUUUGGAGGGCUACCAAGUGGGACAGGUGGCUUGCGGUUUGAACCACACUUUGGUCGUCUCUGCUGACGGGAUGAUGGUCUGGGCUUUCGGUGAUGGAGACUACGGGAAACUGGGACUUGGCAAUUCCACAGCCAAGUCCUCACCUCAGAAAGUGGACGUGCUGUGUGGAAUCAACAUCAAGAAAGUGGCUUGUGGGACGCAGUUCUCCGUGGCUUUAACCAAAGAUGGCAAAGUUUUCACGUUUGGUCAAGACCGCCUAAUUGGCUUGCCAGAAGGCCGAGCCAGGAACCACAACCGGCCGCAGCAGGUGCCAGCCCUGUCAGGGAUCCACAUCCAGGAUGUCGCUGUAGGAGCUGAACACACUCUGGUGCUCUCCUCCACGGGAGACGUUUACACCUGGGGCAGCAACUCAGAGGGACAGCUCGGUCUGGGUCACACCAACCAUGUAAGAGAACCUACGGUGCUGACGGCGCUGCAGGGAAAACACAUCCACCAGAUCUCUGCAGGACGCUGCCACAGUGCUGCCUGGACGGCUCCCUCUGUGCCGCCCCGAGCACCAGGCUCGUCGGUUCCUCUCCAACUGGGUCUUCCUGUGGCGGUGCCGCCUCAGUACAACGGGCUGAAAGAGGUCAGCAUCGAGGCGGUGAGGGCUCGCCUACGACUCCUCUACCACUUCUCCGACCUCAUGUAUUCCUCGUGGAGACUGCUCAACCUCAGCCCCAACAACCAGAGCUGUACGUCCCACUACAACGCGGGUACCUGGGGGAUUGUUCAGGGCCAGUUGAGGCCCCUCUUGGCCCCCAGAGUGUACACUCUACCAAUGGUGCGCUCCAUAGGCAAGACCAUGGUUCAAGGGAAGAACUACGGCCCCCAGAUCACCGUCAAACGUAUCUCCACACGAGGACGGAAGUGUAAACCGAUCUUUGUACAGAUCGCUCGUCAGGUUGUGAAGCUGAACGCCUCAGACCUCCGACUGCCCUCCAGGGCCUGGAAGGUCAAACUGGUGGGAGAGGGGGCCGACGACGCGGGGGGCGUGUUUGACGAUACAAUCACAGAGAUGUGUCAGGAGUUGGAGACGGGCGUGGUGGACCUGCUCAUCCCCUCCCCCAACGCCACAGCAGAGGUCGGCUACAACAGAGACAGGUUCCUCCUCAACCCGUCGGCGUGCCUGGAUGAGCACAUGCUCCAGUUCAAGUUCCUGGGCAUCCUGAUGGGCGUGGCCAUCCGCACCAAGAAGCCCCUGGAUCUGCACCUGGCGCCGCUGGUGUGGAAACAGCUGUGCUGCAUCCCCCUGCUGCUGGAGGACCUGGAGGAAGUGGACCUCCUCUAUGUGCAGACGCUCAAAAGCAUUCUUCACAUUGAAGACAGCGGCAUCACCGAGGAGAACUUCCACGAGAUGAUUCCUCUGGAUUCCUUUGUCGGGCAGAGUGCAGAUGGCAAGAUGGUGCCCAUCAUCCCGGGAGGAAACAGCAUCCCGCUCACUUUCUCCAACAGGAAGGAGUACGUGGAACGAGCUAUUGAGUACCGGCUGCAUGAAAUCGAUCGACAGGUGGCGGCGGUGCGUGAGGGCAUGUCGUGGAUCGUCCCGGUGCCGCUGCUGUCGCUGCUGACGGCCAAGCAGCUGGAGCAGAUGGUGUGCGGUAUGCCGGAGAUCUGCUGCGACGUGCUGAAGAAGGUGGUGCGCUACAGAGAGGUGGACGAGCAGCACUCGCUGGUGCAGUGGUUCUGGCAGACUCUGGAGGAGUUCUCCAACGAGGAGCGAGUCCUCUUCAUGCGCUUCGUCUCCGGACGCUCGAGGCUGCCCGCCAACACGGCCGACAUCUCGCAGAGGUUUCAGAUCAUGAAGGUGGACAGGCCGUACGACAGCCUCCCCACCUCCCAGACCUGCUUCUUCCAGCUGCGUCUGCCUCCGUACUCCAGCCAGGCCGUCAUGGCGGAGCGGCUGCGCUACGCCAUCAACAACUGUCGCUCCAUCGACAUGGACAACUACAUGCUCUCCCGCAAUGUCGACAACGCCGAGGGCUCCGACACGGACUACUGAUUGCAGGCACUUUCACACACAGCACACAUUUAAAUAAAUUAUUAAGACCCGGGAAUUACCGGGAACGGACCGUCUUAUCUGAACGCCACACACACGGAUGCUUCGUCAUCACUGCACCAGUCGUAGGGAACUCCUGAGCAGAAAGGCCACUUUUUAAACUCAUUUUAUGUACUUUAAAAACAGCACAGAUCUUCAUUUCUCCUCGUGGUUUAUUAGCAGUUUUUAACGACACAAAAAUCCACACGAGAAGUGCAUUUAGUGUUCAUUUCUUUUUCCAUUACUCCACAUCCCAUUUUCAGGGUUUCUGCAUGGAGGUAUGUUUAUUUGUGUGGAAAUGUGUAUAGAAUAUUCAAGCAAGUGGUGGGGAAGAAGGAAUAUUGUACAUUGUGUAAAAUGCUUCAUUAGGAAAAUGUUUUGCAUAAUAUCCAUAUUUAUUGUUUUCAUUGCCUAUGCCGAGUUUCCCAAAGCAUAAAAAAACAACAAUAAAUGCUGCAUAAUUGA